GAUACAGGAGCAUGACUGCUAGCUUUGGAGCCACACCACUUGUUUUUUGGCUGCGAAUGGAAAGCCACAUAUUGGUCACAAUUUACCCAAAAAACUCCCAGGGACCGUCUGGAUAUCAGCUAAUUUGUUGACCUCUAGAGCAACUAUGUUGUGGAUUUUUCUACUGCAGCUCCUCAACAGCGCUAAGGAUUUAUCUGGAGCUCAACAUGAGACUCUGUGCACUUCUAACGCCUGCCUCACCCUGCAUAUGGACAGGGUGAGCUUUGUGAAGGCCCAUCAGAAUUGUGUCCACAAUGGAGGUUAUCUGAUGACAGUCAGAGACAGAGAAGAAGAGGAUGUGCUGCGCUCGCUUCUCUCAAAGAUCCAAAGACAACGUCAGGACAGGGUGCUGAAAUUUUGGAUUGGGUUAAAAUUAAACAAAGGCAACUGUGUAUUCGCUGAAAAGACUCUCAGGGGGUUUAAGUGGGUAUCUGGGGAGGGAGAUUCCCAGUACUCCAACUGGGGAGAAGAACCCAUCCCCACCUGCACAGAGGACAGAUGUGUAAGGGCUAACUACACUAUAUUUGGUCAGAAUCAACUGAAAUGGGUUGCUGUACCGUGCAAAAGCCCUGCUUUUUAUGUAUGUAAGUUUUAUUUUAAGGGAAUGUGCAAACCUUUGGCUCUCCUGGGGCCUGGACAAAUAACCUACACACCGCCCUUCUCAGAAAAGCCACAAAGAAGUGUAAUGAAGUUAUUUCCAAUCGGAACAUAUGCUAAUAUUUUAUGCAGUGACCAACAGCUUCACUACUCUGUGUGUAUGGGGGCGGACGACUUCUAUCGGUGGACAGCCCCAGGUCCAUUUUGCAACACAGGAGAGCGAAGCUGCACGAUCAACAACGGCGGAUGCGAAGAUUUGUGCCGUCGGGACGCGGACGAAGUUCGAUGCUUUUGCAGAGAAGGUUACGACCUGGAUGAGGAUGGACUCUCUUGCAGGAUAAAAGACUUGUGCGGCGCUGACACCUGUGAGCAUCAGUGCGUAUUGGGGGAGUCCGGACACUCCUGCAAAUGUGCAGAUGGGUUCAAACUGGAUGAAAACCAGCGCAACUGCUCUGACGUUGAUGAGUGCCAGUCACAAGCCUGUGAGGACCACUUGUGCGUAAAUACGCCGGGCAGUUACACGUGUGCGUGUAAAGAUGGCUACGAAAUGAUCUAUGGUAGAUGUAGUGAUGUGGAUGAGUGCGCACAAUCGAGAUGUGAGCACAGCUGCUUAAACAAUAUGGGAUCCUUCUCCUGUUACUGCAAUGAGGGCUUCACUUUAUCCCAGGACGGCUACUCGUGCGUUGACAUAAAUGAGUGCCUCACUAAUCGCUGCCAGUUCAUAUGCAUCAAUACCAUAGGCAGCUUCUCGUGCACGUGCCCGCAGGGCUUCUACCUGGAGCCCGACGGGUCGACUUGCGCUCCAGAUGUGACACAAACAUCAGCUGCUUCGUGGGACGACAACGCUGGCGAGGACACACAAGAGAACUCCACUGUGUCCUUAACCAGAGCCGCGGCUGAGCUCCAGCACCAGUCCCCUCACACUGACCCGCCGCUUCCGGACCUGGUGAACGUUACGCUCAGUGGUCAGGAGAGCAACACUUCCACGGCGAAAAGUUUGGCGAAGACUUUCGAUUACAGGAUAAUGGUCUGCGUCCUCGGUUCAGUCAUCCCCCUGCUCGUGCUGGUCGCGGUGACUUUGGCUAUCGCAAUUUUUCGAUGCAGUCGCUCCAAAAAAGAAGCCAAGAAAAACGCUACUACGGACGGCUACUGUUGGGUGUCUUCUGGUCUGGAUCCACGUUUAGAGAAACUAUACGAGUCCAUCUUGACUGAUGACCUAUGACCUGACAGUUAAGGAGAAG